CCAAGAUCCCCUUUCCCAGCCCCUCAGAGAUCAGGCUCCCCCCUCCUCCAGCCCUUCAAUGACCCCCUGCCACCAUUCAGGUCAGAUCCCCAGCCCUGCUCUCUCCCCAGAGUCCAAUGGCCGGGAUUUGGAAAAGGAAUUCCGUUUAGUCAAGCCACCAGCAGAGGCUGUCUUCAUCCAGUGCGAUGUGACCAAAGAAGAGGACGUGGAGGCCCUGAUCUCUGAGACCCUGCGCCUUUUUGGCCGCCUGGACUGCGUGGUGAACAACGCCGGACGCCAUCCCCCCGAGGAGGCACUGGAAGACACGUCUUCGCAGGCCUUCCGAGAGCUGCUGGAGCUGAACCUCCUGGCUGUGUAUACAGUUAUCAAGUUUGCCUUACCCUCCCUGCGGCAGAGCCGGGGCAGCAUCAUUAACAUAUCCAGCCUGGUGGGGGCCAUCGGGCAGAGGAAGGCCGCCUCCUACGUGGCCACCAAGGGGGCCGUGACUGCCCUGAGCAAGGCCUUGGCCCUGGAUGAGAGUCAGUAUGGCGUCAGAGUCAACUGCAUCUCCCCAGGAAAUAUCUGGACCCCGCUGUGGGAGGAGCUGGCCGCGCUGACCCCUGAUCCCUCCGCCACAGUUCGAGAAGGGAAGCAGUCCCAGCCUCUUGGACGCAUGGGCAGGCCCGACGAGGUGGGCGCUGCUGCCGUCUUCCUGGCCUUCCAAGCUUCCUUCUGCACCGGCGUGGAGCUGCCCCUCACUGGGGGUGCGGAGCUGGGCUACGGGCGCAAGGUGCCCCCCACCUGAGAGAACCCGCCCCGCGGUGCCCUGAAUCCCACCUUGGGCCCAGUUUUCCUUCCAGGACCAUGAGGGAGGUAGUGGGAGGGCUAUGUAUGGCCUCCCCCCUCCUCCGGAGGCUCCGGGAUCCCUUGACCCCAUGGUCCUCCGCCCAUUCCUUCCUCUUCGCCCUUGCCCUUUCCCUUCGAUAAACUGGAAACUGAAAA